UCCUUCGGGCUUCUCUUCCUUCCCCCGCCCCCUCCCCACUCCACUCCACCCCCUCUCCACCCUUUCACUCCCUCCCCUCCGCCUUUAUUCCCUCUUGUCCCCAGUUCUUAUCGUUUCGCAACUGCUCGCCUCCUGCCCCGUGGCUGACUGAGUUUUUUCUCUCUCCAACCCCCCCUCCUAAUUCCUGGCACCUCUUCUAUAAUACUUUACCCCCCCUCCUCCAAUUGGGGAGUGGGGGUGGGAGCGAGGGAGGGUGGAGCGUCCAGAGCCAGAGAAGCAAAAGAAGGAAGAGGGAGCAGGAGGAUUGUACGAUUGUGGAGAGGGGACCCCACGCCACCCUUUCUUUCCCAUUACACCCUUCCUACCUUCCCUCCUCCCCCCCACCCCAAGUCCUGAUCCAGCCACUUUCGGGCAAGAAAAGUGAAGGAAUACGGCUCGGGGGUGAUAGCGACACGGGGGCCAGUCCCAGGCAAGCAGCAGCACCUCCCGUCCCGUCUCAUCCUCCUUCCUCCUAAACCGGAGACAGCCGGGACCUAUGAUGGCUUCAACUACAACCUGCACCAGGUUCACCGACGAGUAUCAGCUUUUCGAGGAGCUUGGAAAGGGGGCAUUCUCAGUGGUGAGAAGAUGCAUGAAAAUCCCUACAGGACAAGAAUAUGCUGCCAAAAUUAUCAACACCAAAAAGCUUUCUGCUAGGGAUCACCAGAAACUGGAAAGGGAAGCUAGAAUCUGUCGUCUUUUAAAGCAUCCUAAUAUUGUGAGACUCCAUGACAGCAUAUCCGAAGAAGGAUUCCAUUACUUAGUCUUUGAUUUAGUCACAGGCGGAGAGCUCUUUGAGGACAUAGUGGCAAGAGAAUAUUACAGUGAAGCAGAUGCCAGUCAUUGUAUACAGCAGAUUCUAGAAAGCGUAAAUCAUUGUCACCUAAAUGGCAUAGUUCACAGGGACCUGAAGCCUGAGAACUUGCUUUUAGCUAGCAAAUCCAAGGGAGCAGCUGUGAAACUUGCAGACUUUGGCUUGGCCAUAGAAGUUCAAGGAGACCAACAGGCAUGGUUUGGCUUUGCUGGCACACCUGGAUACCUUUCCCCAGAGGUGUUACGAAAAGAUCCCUAUGGAAAACCAGUGGACAUGUGGGCAUGUGGUGUCAUUCUCUAUAUUCUUCUGGUGGGCUACCCUCCUUUCUGGGAUGAAGACCAGCAUAGACUGUACCAGCAGAUCAAGGCUGGAGCGUAUGAUUUUCCAUCACCAGAAUGGGACACUGUGACUCCUGAAGCCAAAGAUCUUAUCAAUAAAAUGCUUACUAUCAAUCCUGCCAAACGCAUCACUGCCUCAGAGGCACUGAAACAUCCAUGGAUCUGUCAACGCUCUACUGUUGCUUCUAUGAUGCACAGACAGGAAACUGUAGAUUGCUUGAAGAAAUUCAAUGCAAGAAGAAAGCUGAAGGGUGCCAUUCUCACAACCAUGCUGGCUACAAGGAACUUUUCAGCAGCCAAGAGCUUGUUGAAGAAAGCAGAUGGAGUAAAGAUCAACAGCAAAACCAACGUGGUAACCAGCCCCAAAGAAAAUAUUCCUACCCCAGCGCUGGAGCCCCAAACUACCGUAAUCCACAACCCUGAUGGAAACAAGGAGUCCACGGAGAGUUCCAAUACAACCAUUGAGGACGAAGAUGUGAAAGCUCGUAAGCAAGAGAUCAUCAAAGUCACUGAACAGCUUAUUGAAGCAAUCAACAAUGGGGACUUUGAAGCUUACACAAAAAUAUGUGACCCAGGUCUCACUGCUUUUGAACCUGAAGCGCUGGGUAAUUUAGUGGAAGGAAUGGACUUUCAUCGAUUCUACUUUGAAAAUGCUUUGUCCAAAAGCAAUAAACCAAUCCACACCAUCAUCCUGAACCCCCACGUGCACCUAGUAGGCGACGAUGCUGCCUGCAUAGCGUACAUCCGGCUCACGCAGUACAUGGAUGGCAGCGGAAUGCCAAAGACUAUGCAGUCGGAAGAGACCCGGGUCUGGCACCGCCGCGACGGGAAGUGGCAAAACGUUCAUUUUCACCGCUCGGGUUCACCAACAGUACCCAUCAAGUAAAUAUUUCCAGGCCGUCAACUUCUCUGAUAAUAUGCCCAUGCUAAAACUCAACAGUGCCACUUCUGCAUUCUCUGUUUUCAAGGCACCUGGAUGGUAACCACCCGGGCGGGCCUGUCCUCUUCUUCAUGCAUGUUUCCAAAUGCAUGAAGCUGUGAUGGUCCUCCCUGUUACAAUGCAUUUGUGAUGCAUCAUUUUGUCAUAGAGUCCAUCUUUCUGUUUUGUUUGCACCCUAUCAGAGGGGAUGUUUUGGGCAAAUUAAAACCAGUGUCAACAAACAAGGGGUUGGGGGGGGGGGGUGCGAGAUAAAACACCACAACCAACCACACAUACCAAGCAUUGAGCAAACAUCAUUUUUCUGUUCAUGCCAAGUUUUAACAGCCUUCAGAGCUAUUGCUCUCUAAAUGAGAGUUUAUUUAAAAAAAAAAUCAUCAAAAACAAAGUCUACGCCAUAUCUGUUUCAAUUUGUUAAAAAAAAGAAAUCAAAGGCAAAAAAAAAUCUUUAUUUUUCUGUUGUGGUUAGAGUUGGAAUGAUUGGUAUUUUUGUUGGUGGCUUUGUUACCGUAGAGCAACUGGCUUGUGACAGCUAUGUGGACGAAAUCAGUGAUGAAUGUGGAAACAAAAAUGUGCUGGCUGGGUAUCAGCCCAAGCCAUCUUAGUGCUUGAUCAAGCUGUGUAAACUGGAAAAACUCACAUCACUUACUGGCUUGAUCUCCCUAGGAUAUGCCCCCCCUCUUCUGGUGUCAGCUGUGUGUGUUGCUUCUUCCUCAAGUCUGCACUCUCCAAUCUCUUCUCCCUUGGGCUAAGGAUUUGCAGUUAGUGAGAAAAGGGCUAAAGGCAACCUGAGGAGAAGGGAAAAUGGGAACUUAGGGGAAAAGGUAAAGCAGAGAGCUUUGGAGCACUUUCAGGGUGUACAGAAUUUUAUUCAAGAGAAUCUUAGAUUUUUAAAAAAAAUGUUGAUUAUACUCUAGAUUGGGCUAAGGUAUUCUAAAUCUUGUAGAAAAAAAGGAAAAGAUGUACAGACUUUUACAAGAGCUGAAAAUGAAAAGAUUUCAGCUCCUAUCCGAGUGACUUAAUUUCUUACUCUUUUGGAUAAUCAUGGCAGUUAUAUCAGGACCUCUAAAAGUUUAGCACAAUCACUACGUGUGCACAUGGGCUCCCUUUGCACCCCCCUAUGAGUGAGUGGCAGGGAAUCCAGCCUCUCCAGCAUCACUAGUUAUUUUUCUAUAAAAUAAGCAGGGAAAUCUUUUCCAUGUUGAUAGAUAUCUUACAGCCUGUUCUUUGCGAUUCGACCUCCUUCAUCUUCUCUCCUUCAUUGUAGUUUCUGAAAACAGAGUAUUUCAGCCUAAAAAAAAUAAAUCUAAAAAGGGAAAUGCCUCAAUUCGCAGGGGGGUUGAAAGUGGACUGGGGAGGGAGCCAGAGUAUCACUCCUUGUGUUUCCUUCUUUGUCCCCUUCCUGCAAAGCUUUCCCCCUUUCCUGUGAUGCUAUAUAGUGCAUGCUAUGUCCAUUGUUGUCUUUUUUUUAAGCAAUUCACAACCCUCUGAAAUCUGUUUUUAAACCAGAAAAUGAAGACUUCCUAAUUUGUAUCAUUUCCCCUUUCUGUGUUGGUUACUAAUCCGAGCAGUCCUUUAUGCCCUUAGAUGUUGUACCUAGUGGAUGUGUGGUAGCUGGACUGAAGCUUUUCUGAUCAUUAUUACAUGAUUUUAAAUGAUAUAUAUUUAAAAUACAUAUAUACAGUAAAUGUAUUGAGCCAUGUUAAUCUGCCAAUGAGAUCUGUGAAAAAAGUAAUGGCCUCUUUUUUUUUUCUCCCUUUUAAAUUUCUAUCACAUUUUUUUGUGAAGCGGCUGUAAGUAGCAUCAGUGUAUUUUUAAACAUGUGUAGAGUGGUGGGUUUAUUUGUUUUGUUUUUUAACCCUUUAACAUAGCAUGUGGUGUUGAAAUGUUACUGUAGCUCAAGUCUAUCUUCCGCACCAACGUGUGAAGAAAUUGUAAUUUGUUCUCUCCACCACAAUCAAAUUAUAUCGGUAUCUCCUGUUAUUUUCAAACACUGCAGUUUACCAUGGGACACUGUAUAUAUUUCUUGCCAUAAUGGUAAAUGACUGAUUGAUAUAUUUAAGAAUUAAUAAAUUUGUGAUUUCUGCUGACA